UGUGCUCUAGGACAGUCUAUAUAAAGAAUCGACUAGGCGUAAAAAAAUAAAGAAAAGACUUAAAAAAAGUUUAAAAUCCAGAAAUGUCCAAAUAAUUCUCCUACCCUUUUCCAUGCCACUAUAUUAUUAACGUUUUGUGCGUUGUUCCCAAUCCCGGCAGAGUUCCUAGUCUACCUGCACUGUUAAAGGCAACGCGUAAAGAGCCCGUGGUCGCGUGUCUACGCGAGUUCCGAGCUGAGCUGUGCUUCUCCUUCGCCUUGCAUUUAUAAAAUCGUGAAUUUCAGUUUCGGCCGCACAGCACUUUCGCCCCCUUAACUAGCAGAAAAUAUACUUCAAUUCGCACAUUUACUCCAUCUUGGAAAUUUUGCAUUGGUCUUGGUUACCUACUUACCAACACAAUCACGGCAUUCGUACGCAUACCAUUCACCAGGAGAUUGGCCUUCCACAGAGCCGUCACUCAGAUCUGGCCAUCAUUCACAAUGUCGACUCUCAAGCGCAAAGCUAGUUCUACCAGCUUAUCAUCAGACACCAAAAAGCCCAAGGCCAAUGGAAGCAUCGCCAGCUUCUUUGGAUCAUCUCCAAAGCCAGCAGGAAAAUCGGACUCGGCCGCGUCCACCCCAACAGUCAAGUUUGACAAGGAGAAAUGGGUUGCCAGUCUAUCAGCAGAGCAGCGCAAGCUUUUGGAACUAGAGAUUAACACCUUAGAUGAGAGCUGGCUUGCCCACCUCAAAGAUGACGUAACAUCGCGCGAGUUUUUGGAGCUCAAGAAAUUCCUCGACCGAGAGACAGCAGCCGGCAAGAAAUGGUUUCCUCCAAAGGAAGACAUCUACUCAUGGUCUCGCCAUACCAAAUUCAACAAUGUUAAAGUCGUCAUCCUGGGCCAAGAUCCGUAUCACAAUGUCAAUCAAGCCCACGGCAUGGCCUUCUCAGUCCGACCUCCUACAGUACACCCACCUUCGCUCCGAAAUAUGUUUAUCGCUCUGAAGAAAGACUAUCCCAGCUUUGUCACACCACCGAAAAACGACGGGCUGCUUACACCAUGGGCUGAUAGGGGUGUUCUGAUGUUGAACACCUGCUUGACAGUGCGCGCCCAUGAGGCGAACUCACAUGCCAAUCGAGGAUGGGAGAAGUUCACGCAAAGAGUCAUUGAUCUCGUUGCACAAAAGAGAACUAGGGGUGUUGUUUUUAUGGCAUGGGGUACGCCAGCAGGCAAACGAGUGAUGAAGGUGAAUAAGCAGGCGCAUCUUGUUCUGCAGAGCGUCCACCCAAGUCCUCUUAGUGCAUCAAGGGGAUACUUUGAUUGUGGGCAUUAUAAAAAAUCCAACGAGUGGCUAGUAUCUCGUUAUGGCAAAGAUGCCGAGAUCGAUUGGGCGUUGGUCAAAGGCAACUCAACGCUGCCUGAUCAAGCAGCUGAAGCAAGCGAUGAUAAGCCCACCACCGGUGAAGGCAUCCCCGUGGUGAACCCCGACGUUGCAGAGGCCAAGCCGGCACAAAAUGGCGUCAAGGAGAUUAAAAAACAAGAAGGGGACGAGUUUGGAGACCUCGAUGUUGAUUCAGACGAAGAGGCCGCACUACAGGAAGCUAUGAAGAAGGCUGACGAGGAAGAGGCGGCCAAAAGAUGAGCGUUUCAGGCACAUUAGGGAAACAAUUGAGUUUAGUGAGAUUUGGCCUUGACAACCAAGUAGUAGUUGGAGCAGAUCGUCCGUCUAGACAGGUCAAUCGACGUGUAUAAUUGGUCUACAA